CUCAAGUUUAUGAACAUGUUCCUGAUUCACUCUUUGUGGAAGUGUUAAUUAUUUUGAUUUUACUAAUCUCCAUUUAGUGGAAUAAUUUCAUUGAAACAUCAUGGCAUCAAUGAAGCAAUUUGAUCGAUGUUGUAAUCCUUUUGGGCUGGAGUCUCAUUGUAAAAAAAUUGGUUUGCGUCCAGCGACUGACAUUAUGAAAGAAAUGUUCGGAUUGAGUAAUUAUUAUUUAUUAUGCAGUUCAUGUCGAAAAGAAGCUUAUAAGGUAGUUAAACAACAAACAAAUACUCGUGAUGAUCCUAAUGUUGAUUCAAGUGAUCACGAAGGCAACUCUAGUGACAGUAAUGAAAACGAUGAUCAUUUUGAUAGCGAUAGUAAUACAACUGCCACAGAUCUACCAUUAUCAUUAUCAUUCCGUUCUAUGUCAUUUGAUAACGAACCAAAAAAUUCACAACCAAGUUCGGCAUCUCAAGUUAGCGCUGCAACUCAGUUACCUGUAAUAAAUCAUGCAUUACAGCUGUUAAAUCAAUCACCAAUCCCAUCAAGGAAAUUAAAUGACAAUCAAUUUUUAAACAACAAAAUAAAUCAGAUAUCUGACAGCUUGAAAAAGGUUUUACUCUCUUCAACUGAUGAAGACCCGGUCGAUGAUGAUGGUGAAAAUUUUCGCGCUUUAAUAAAAUUACUGCAAGACAAAUUUAACGAUAAAGAAACGGAAAAAUCAUUGAAAAUACAGAUUUUAACAUUAUUACCUGAACAAUGGAGUGAAAGACGUAUUUCUGAAACUAUGAAUACAUCAAGACAUAUGUCAAGGGUAGCAAAAGCGUUGGUUGAAGAAAAAGCUCUACUUUCAGUACCUGAAUCAAAAUUAGGGAGAAAAAUUGCAGAUCAAGUGAAAUUGAAAGUUGAAAAUUUUUAUAAUGAUGAUGAGUACAGUGCUCCGAUGCCAGGUAUGAAAGAUUUUGUUUCAGUUUGAAAUGAUGAUGGUAAUCGAGUACCCGUCCAAAAAAGACUUGUCCUGUCUAACUUAAAAGAAUUAUACCAAUGUUUUCGGGAAAUAAACGCUGCAGAGAAAAUUGGAUUUUCGAGAUUUGCUUCUCUGCGACCUAAACAUUGUGUGUUAGCAGGGGCAAGUGGAACACAUACCAUCUGUGUCUGUACGAUCCAUCAAAACGUUAAGUUAAUGAUGCUUGGUGCGAAUAUUCAUUCUCUAACAAGAAAUACAGAUAUAUCCAUUACACACUAUAGUGAUUGUUUGAGUUUGAUUGUAUUAAUUAUUUCAGAUUGUAAUAAUCAUGAUGCCGUUGCCGUACAUGUUUUUAUCAAAUUAAUAACUGACUAUGUGAAAAGUCUUCCUGAACGUUGUAACAAAAUUUAUUAUUUUUCUGACGGGGCUCCUCAACAAUUUAAAACUUUAAAAACUUCGUAAAUUUAUAUUAUCACGAAGAGGAUUUCGACAUUCCUGCUGAAUGGCAUUUUUUUGCGACAGCCCAUGGCAAAGGUCCAUGUGAUGGUAUUGGUGGUACCAUUAAACGAUAUGCAGCAAGAGCAAGUCUCCAACUUGCGGUUGACAAACAAAUAACAACGCCUGAAGAACUCUUUGAAUGGACUUCUGAUCCGGACAACUUGCCAAACAUCAUAACUAAGUUUUCCCCAGAAGAGGAUUAUAAAACAGCAGUAAAUGAUUUAAAUGAAAGAUUUUUAAAAACAAAACCGAUCACAGGAACUCAACAAUUACACUGUAUAAUUCCAGACAAAAAUGGUUGUUUGUACAUUAAAAACUUUUCAAAUUCCAACGAGCACAAAAUUUGUAAAAUAUUUAAACGCCA